CUCUGAUUGGCUGAACAAAGUGGAUAUGUAAAUCAUGUGAUGUACUGUGCCCUACAAGCUAGGCGCGUUCGAAGGCACUUUUAGAGCUGGGAUCCCCAUGGUGUUUCCUCAGUGCCACCAGUGGGUAUACAAGGAAAGAUCCGUGAUUUUACCUUUUUCUUCAGAGCUACUGCCAGUUCUUAAAGGUGGCAUUGCAAAGACUCUACCGAGAUGCAUCAACAUGUGCACAUUAUAAAUGAACCUUGCGGGUGUCCUCCUUAUGCUUUCUGAUUCAGGAGGUUGUGUUUGUCGAGAACAUCCCGCACUAUCAUUGUAUCUGUAUAUCCUAGAGCAUAAUGGAUGCGAGGACUGCAACCAUUACCAACGCUACGCACGAACCAGUCUUGACUGUGCCAGCCUGAUUUGUUCGGAUGGGAGAAGGGGCACUUGUUGUUCCCGUUGUGAUGGUAGGGAGACGUGCUGCUGUUGUAGUUAAAGUCGUAGUUAAAGUCGUAGUGAUGGGUGCUGCGGAUGUAGUCGUAGGAAUCAGCGUUGCAGAAACCGUGCCAGUGCUAGUAGUAUUGGAUGGAGGGAUAGUACUCUCGAUAGUGAAUUGAGCAGAAUAACUCUGAGUUGAGCCAUUGGUCACUAAGAUGGAGUAUUUUGAUCCUUGUGGGACCAUGGGAACUUGAACGGUGACAGUGCCUGGCUUAGAGCAGUCCAAAUAUCCGAGAGGAGGGAUGCCGGGAUAAUCGACCUGAAAUUGCCCAACUUGGUGAUUUAGCAUAAUAGGGAAUGUCGUAUUUCCGGUCACCUCUGUGCAAGCAUUAGACCAAGUAACUUCUCCGGUUCCUCCGGCCCUGCAUAACACGAGCGAUCACGAGAAAAAAAAAAUUAGUACGCGAGAAAGGAAGAAAAAAGACAAUUAAGGCUCAAAAUUUUAGAAGAAAUAUACUAACGUCCAACGAUCUGCAGAAAUGGGAU